CCACAUCUCUAGAAAACAACCCCUAAAAUAAUCCAUUAUUUUUAACAACUUUGAACUCUUUUGACCCUUCUUCAUUCCAAAGUUCCAAUCAUUACCCAAAAAAACCAAUCCUCCCUCCUCAAAACGAUACCGUUUUUCUCAUCCUUUUUCACUUUUAGUUUUCCCCUUUCUGCACAUCACUCCCACAACCAAAAAACACCACUCUAAAAAUCUCCUCUCUUUCUUUCUUUCUCCAUUUCCAUGGCUUCCCAAAUCCAUUGAUUUCCACCAUUUAUAACUAAAAUGAAGCUUUAUUUUCACCUUCUUUUCACCUUCCUUUUCCUCUAUCUCAUCAUCCCAUUUUCCUUCUCUUUAGAUGAUGAUGUAAAAUGCUUACAAGGAGUAAAAUCCGCACUUAAUGACCCAAAAAAUCUUCUUUCAAACUGGAAGUUCGACAAUAUUUCAGUAGAUUCAAUCUGCAAAUUAACUGGAGUUGCAUGUUGGAAUGAAAAAGAAGAUCGUAUCAUCUCAUUACAGCUUCCAUCAAUGUCAUUAUCAGGAAAUUUACCAUCAUCACUUCAAUAUUGUAGAAGUUUACAAAGUUUGAUUCUAUCGGACAACAAAAUUUCUGGUGAAAUCCCACCUCAAAUCUGUGAUUGGUUGCCAUAUUUAGUAACUCUAGAUCUUUCUGGUAAUGAGUUUACAGGUUCAAUUCCUAUUCAAAUUGAAAAUUGUAAGUUCUUAAAUAGUUUAAGUUUGAGUGAUAAUAAGCUUUCUGGGUCAAUUCCUUUUGAGAUGGGUAGAUUAGAUAGAUUGAAAAGGCUUUCCCUUGAAAGAAAUCAACUCUCUGGGGCUGUUCCUGAUGAUUUAGGCAAAUUUGGGCAGAGUUCUUUUAGUGGGAAUGCUGGGUUAUGUGGGAGUGUAAUGGGAUCCAAAUGUGGGAAAAAUGGGGGUUUGAAGGUUGUUCUUAUUGGUGGUGUUGUUGGUGGCGGGGCAUCUUUUUUAUUAGGGUUUAUGAUUUGUUAUUGGUAUUGUAGGGAUACUAAGAAUAAGAAGAAAGAUUGUAAUGUUGAUGAUGAAAAAGGUGUGAAAUUUGUGGGAUGGGUAGGAAAAUUGGGCAACUAUAAGAAUGUGCAAGUAGUUUUGUUUGAGAAGAGUAUUGUGAAGAUUAGAGUAGGUGAUUUGUUGGUAGGUACAAGUUUUUUUAGUGAUGAAAAUAUUGUGGGAUCGACAAAGACCGGAGUGACAUAUAAGGCGGUGUUGAAGGAUGGAUCGGUUUUAGGGGUGAAGAGAUUGAGAGGAGGGUGUAAUAAGGUGAAUGAGAAGGAAUUUAGGAUGGAAAUUAGUAGAUUGGGUGAGUUGAGGCAUCCGAAUUUGGUGCCAUUGUUAGGGUUUUGUUUAGUGGAGAAUGAGAAAUUGGUUGUUUUUAAAGAUAUGAGGAAUGUGAGUUUACAUUCGAUGUUGCACGUUUGUGGUGGUGGCGAUGGGGGAGGUGAUGAGGCGAGGAGUGUGUUGGAUUGGCAAAUUAGGGUUAAGAUCGGUGUUGGUACAGCUCGAGGUUUAGCUUGGCUUCAUCAUGGGUGUCAGCCUGCGAUAAAGCAUCAAAAUCUUUGCUCUGAUGUGAUACUUCUCGAUGAUGAUUUGGAUGUUAGGAUUACCGAUUUUGGAUUAGUUAGACUCAUGGGGAUGGGGAAUUCGAAUGGAAGUUCGGUUGCAAAUGGGGAUUUCGGGGAAUUUGGUUAUGUUCCACCCGAGUAUGCUAGUACAUUGGUUGCAUCUUUGAAAGGUGAUGUUUAUGGUUUUGGUGUGAUUCUUUUGGAGUUGAUUACAGGCCAAAAACCACUUGAAGUUAGUAAUGCAAGAGAAGGAUUUAAAGGAAGUUUAGUUCAUUGGGUGACUUAUUUGUCUAGCUUGGGUAAGAUCAAGGAUGCAAUUGAUAAGUCCUUGUGUGGUAAGGGAAAUGAUGAUGAGAUUAUGCAAUUGCUUAGAGUCGCUUGUUCGUGUGUGGCAUCGAGGCCUAAGGAUAGACCAUCGAUGUUUCGGGUUUAUGAAUCCCUUAAGAACAUUGCUGAGAAUCACGGUUUUUUAGAGCAAUACGAGGAAUUUCCUAUGAUCUUGGAUGAACAAGAAAUCGAUUAAAUCCAUCCAUAACAUGUUACUAAUUUUCUUUGUAUUUGUUGAGUUGCUUGUUCGUUUGUGGCUUUGAGACUUAAGGAUAGGCCAUCGAUGUUUCGGGUUUACAAAUCCCUUAAGAACAUUGCUGAGAAAAUCACGGUUUCUUAGAGCAGUACGACAAGUUUCAUAUGAUCUUGGACGAACAAGAGAUCGAUUAAAUUGAUCCAUAAGAUGUCAAUUUUCAUGGCUUGUUUUGAACCAAUCCAUUUUGUAUUUGUUGAAGUUUGUAUCUUUCCAUGUUAUAAUUGCUGGAUGUUUCUGUAUCAUAGAAAAUUUUGUAUGCAAUCCAUUGUCUGUGCUUUAUUGUUCUCACUAGGAGUAUUUCCUUGUAAUUUACCCUAGUAUGAUUUAGUAGUCCUUUUGUUUUUCAACAUAGUAUACUCAUUUUUAAGCUCCA